GUGGCGGUUUAGGACGCGGAUCGAGAGCAUUAGACGAGGAAGAGGACCGAUCUACUUCGACUCGUAUCCAUACCCGCAGUAGACUCCUACAAUUUUCAGAGGGAGAAGCUAUGGCGGAUGAUGCGCAGAUGAUAUCAUCAUCUUCAUUCGGAUUACGGGGACAAGAUCAAGAAGUAGAACAGGAUGUUCUCCUUGACCGAGCUUCAGAUGCCGACGAAGAGCCCAAGUUUCGCGGUAAUUUGGGACGUUUUCUGAACUGGUUCGAUAUGGAGCUAGAGCUCGUCGAAGUCGACCCCUCUGGGGUUCCUAGAAUGGAAAACCACGUCGAUUCCGGAGAAGAUCAUUCCGAUAUUGAUGCUUCCUUAGCUGUUGACGUAGACAUACCUCCGGCACCUUAUGAUCCUGAAGUGGUGCGUGAAGUCGUGCAGGACGAGCGGGAAAGUGGCAGCUUUCUGCCUGUAAUAUUCGCAAUGGGUGACGUUGCCAGGAGUACCGCAACAGGACUGCGAAACAUUUUCAGCGGUGAUGUGUCUCCACAUUUUUAAGGCUACAAGAAAAAUCAUCUUCUUAGUUCGAAGAAGAGUCCAAAAAUGGAUCUAAGAUGUUACAUCUUGUUUCGUAGUUCUAACCAGAAGACUCAAAGGGCCAGAGUAUCCUGUCUACCGCUUCGACAAGGUUUGGAACAACGAGAGGCAUCCAAAGAUUAUGGCGCCCCCGUAAUUAUAGUUCUUAGUCGCCACGGCAGAAAGAGAAACAAGGUCGAGGCUUUCUUCCCAAAUGGGAUUUUUCUUCUUAGCAUUCCUUUUUACAACUAAAGAAUAAACUUUAACCACCUCUAAAAGCAAGUAUGAAACUGAGCAUGAGGGAGGUCAGAAGAUAUCGCACCAGGGAGACAAGUCGUCAGAUGAAUUUGUCCAGAGCCUAUACGCGAAACGGUCUACAACCCUCGAUUCGACCGAACUACCAAAUAUCCUUGAGCACCUGGAAAAAGCAAACUUUACUGGCACGGAUAACGAAAAAACAAAGUAUCUUAUCAUCUUAAGAGCAGGCUACAGGUGCUCCUGCUACAAGAACCAUUUGCUUUGCCUCUCGUAAGGGAGAUGAAAGGCAGAACAAACGGGAAACAGAAACACCAAGGCCCUACAACCUCUAAUUAUGGAACCAAAAAAAAACAGUUGCGCAGAUUGCUUUAGGUGGAAGACAAACCGACAGGUCGACUGCCGCUGUUUUAGACCGGACAGCCAGUAGCAGUAGACCGCCUACUGCUACAUUAAGCCGGCCAACCGAUAGGUCGACUGCCGCUGUUUUUGAGAUGACGUAUAGACGGACUGCGCAAGAGCCAACCUUUGGAGAGGUAAUGAGAAUGGCAGAAGCAAAUGAAGAUUAUGAAUGAAGUAGUGUUUCUGAUACUGUGCUAGUCGUCGUGUUGACCUUGAAGUUAUAGUUAAUUUGACUUAAAGAAGAUAAUGAUAAACACUAACAUCUCAAACUGUGUACGUGAUAAACUUUAUCCUUACAUCAGCCUAUUUUUGCAACCUUACUAGAAAUCAAUAUCAAGAGCAAGGUUUUUCUUUUUUCGGUUUUUGUUUUUUCUAGUUAGAUAUGCUCCACCAACAAUAUCAAGAGCAACGAACAAGAACCUUAUAUAUAGACUAUUAGAACCAGUAGCCUUACUGACUUCUAAAAACACCACCUGAAUCAAGCUGAUUCUUCGCCAGAGCAAUCCACGACAUCCUCGCUUGCGACAGGACGUAGUAAAAGCGCAAAAGGAACAACCAAGAUAGUCGGCUUUUCUGCCACAAAAGACGGUGACGGAGUUGAGAUGACGGCCUUUCCAUCAAGGAGUAGUCGAGGUGUCGACAUUGAUGGAAACAAGAGGAGUGUCGACGAAGUUGAUCAAGUCAUCCCUUCCCUUCAAUAUUAUCCUUCGUUGAGCUCUAUAGGAUCUAGACGAGAUGGAGAUGCGCUUCUUGCCAUCUUCAAAGAAGAAGCAUCACUGGACGCCGCUGAAGAGCGAGCACCAUUUUCACGAGCAGGAGGCAGCGAAGAUACAAAUCGUAUGGAGGAUGUUGUACAGAGGGCACCAGAUCAUGUUGUUGUCUCUCGUUCGGCACUAGCCAGUAACAGUAGUAGCUCUAGUAGCUCCUCCAAGAACAAGAAUCCGAAGCGCACUGGUGUCGACUUUCGACCAAGUAUGGAAAGAGAGAUGCGAGACAUUGUGUUUGCGGAGGAAGAGGAGACAACGACAAACAAGCAACCUUCAUUGCAACCAGACGAGGAAAGAGAGGGGCUAAGGUCAAGAAUUAUUUCACCUGUAGAUGAUCCUGAAGAUGGUGGCGUUGAAGGUCGUGAACGUGAUGCUCUGAGGCGAGAUGAAGUUUUGGUGCAGAGCAGUUUUUCAAGCUCAAGUAGAAAAGGAGAAGGAGACAGGGGAGAUCAUCGAGAAGAUCCUCUUCUUGGCGUAGACGAGACUGCACGAAAUAGUUACAGUUUAUUUGACAGGGAUAAUGCACGCGAUCGCGAAGGAGAUCUAGAAGAUGGUGAUGCACGUAGAGCAAGGAAGAAGAGCAGAAGGAGGAGCUCUAUUGAAGGAGAAAAGGACAAGAAGGACAAGAAAUCGCAAGUUCAUAUUGCAAGUUCAUAUAUUUUGUGAACAAGAAUAAAUGCCGUCGAAUCCAAUGUUUACCUUAGUGCAGUACAGACCAUAGACAACUGGAAGUAGAAACCAACAUGUACAAAGCGAAACUCUAGUAUCUGAAGCGAAAAAUGAAGAUAUAGAUAUUGAACUUUCAAUUACAACACGACGAAAACAACGGGAUUACAGGAUCUAUUACCUGAAAUUUAGAUGUCUCUAUGUUUUUUAUCGAUAGACCUAGCUACAGGAACAAACUCACUUUCUAC